UAUUUUCUGCCACUUUUAACUUUUAGGUAUUAGGAGUUUCACGGCCGUCUGCUUUUCGUCCCCCCGAUUCAGCGGGCCUUUAGGCCGUGUGGUCGGUGCUUUUCUCGUUGGGUAUUUUCUGCUUUUCUUAAAAGAAGUUGUGGAUGCGCGGAGCCCCUGAGCUCCUGAGGCGAAGGCUUGCCCAUGUAGCAUGGUGUUGCCUCGUUUCUUGGUGGUUUUGUUGCUCCAUCUCUUUAAAAGCCUCGCUAACUCAGUGCCGCCUCGAGUUAAGAACUGUGGGCAAGAUCCCAAGCCCGCUGCCCUUCCCCGUUUUAUGGGAACCUAAUUCUUUCUUUUUGUUUCGGGGGUGGGGGGGUCUCGCUCUGUCGCCCAGGCUUGAGUGCAGUAGCCUGCAUAUGUCUCAUUGAAGCCUCAGCCUCCUGGGCUCAAGCCAUCCUCCCACCUCAGCCUCCCAAGUAGCUGUGAUUUACAGGCGCAUAUCACCAUGAGCGAUUAAUUUUUUUAUAUUUUUUAGUAGACAGUGGGUUUCACCAUGUUGGCCAGGCUGGUCUCGAACUCCUAACCCCAGGUGAUCCGCCCACCUCGGCCUCCCAAAGUACUGGGCUUACAGGCGUGAGCCACUUUGCCUGGCCUAAUUCUUUAAACAGAGUAAACGGGGUACGCAUUGCUUUCAUCUUGUUAGGCUCACUGCAUACAGGAUACUUUUCUGUGAGAAAAUAAGAGCUGUUUUUCCAAGGGUACAAUGUCACAUGUGAUUCUGACUUGAGUUUCCGUAUAUUUUAUCCUCCCCUUCUGUCCUCCUAACGAGAACUGUGAGUUGGAUGCAGAAGUUUCUAAAAAAGUGCAGGCCUGGGGUAGCCUCUUGUCUGGACAGAGAAGAGAAAAAUGCAGGACACUGGCUCAGUAGUGCCUUUGCAUUGGUUUGGCUUUGGCUAUGCAGCACUGGUUGCUUCUGGUGGGAUCAUUGGCUAUGUAAAAGCAGGCAGCGUACCGUCCCUGGCUGCAGGGCUGCUCUUCGGCAGUCUAGCCGGCCUGGGUGCUUACCAGCUGUCUCAGGAUCCAAGGAACGUUUGGGUUUUCCUAGCUACAUCUGGUACCUUGGCUGGCAUUAUGGGAAUGAGAUUCUACCACUCUGGAAAAUUCAUGCCUGCAGGUUUAAUUGCAGGUGCCAGUUUGCUGAUGGUCGCCAAAGUUGGAGUUAGUAUGUUCAACAGACCACAUUAGCAGAAGUCAUGUUCCAGCUUGGACUGAUGAAGAAUUAAAAAUCUGCAUCUUCCACUAUUUUCAGUGUAUUAAGAGAAAUAAGUGCAGCAUUUUUGCAUCUGACAUUUUACCUAAAAAAAAAAAGACACCAAACUUGGCAGAGAGGUGGAAAAUCAGUCAUGAUUACAACCCUACAGAGGUGGCGAGUAUGUAACACAAGAGCUUAAUAAGACCCUCAGAGAUCGAUUCUUGUAUAUUGAUGUUAUCUUUUCUUUCUGUAUCUGUAGGUAAAUCUCAAGGGUAAAAUGUUAGGUGUCAACUUUCAGGGCUCUGAAACCCCAUUCCCUGCUCUGAGGAACAGUGUGAAAAACAUCUCUUACGAGAUUUAGAAUAUCUGUUCUUUUGCUCAUCUUAGACCACAGACUGACUUUGAAAUUAUGUUAAGUGAAAUAUCAAUGAAAAUAAAGUUUACUAUAAAUAAUA